AUGGGCGGCAGGCUGCCCAAAGGCACGAAGGACGGCAGGUUGACCAAGGGCACCAAGGACGGCGGGCUCACCAAGUGCACGAAGGACGGCGAAGGCACCAUGGGCACGACGGACGGCGGAGGCGCCAAGUGCGUGGAGGGUGGUGGGGAGAACAAGAGCGCGACGGCGACACCAAGUGCGUGGAGGGCGAGAGCGAGGAGAGGAAGCAAGAACACUCAACGAGAAGUCUGCGCCUGGUGGUCGCUCACACGGUAUCCACCCGCCCUCGCCGGACGACGCGCGCGUGAAAGGAGACAAGAUGAAGAAGAAGGGUCCAAGAUGGAGAAGGAGCGGAGGUCAGAGCAGGAGGCGGCAGACACACCAGCACACCGCCUCGCCAACCAGCACCGCCUCGCCAACCAGCACCACCAGCACCACCAGCAGCAGCAGCAGCGCGGCGCCUGCGCUCGUUGA